CUUUUUUCCCCGUAAAUGGGUAAAAAACUAGCAAGAUAAUAACUGGGUUGUUGUCUUUUAUUGGUAGAUUUGGUCAGCUUGUUGAUUGGCUAUUGAUUUUUUAUUUUCUUAUCAAGUUUUUAGAAGGUGGUCGUUGGAGAAAGCGAUUAAUUAUUGAUCUAUUUUGGGUUUUCUUCUUUUUUCUUUCUUCUCUCUGGAACAGAUUUGUUUAAUAAUGAUGAAUGGGUAUGAGUCUUAUUCAGGGCCCUACUUCUCUGAUUUAGCCCAAACAUAUUCAAUGUGAAUAAUUGCACUUGAAGGUUUCAUAGUACGGAUCCCACUUUGAUGGUAAAAGGUUAAACAUUUCCUCUACCCACAAUUAGUUCUUGUUGCAUAUAACUGGAGGAGAGAGAGAUGGUUGUUAGAUGAGUUUCAUAAAUAACGGUAAAAAUUCUUGUAGGAAUUUGCCAUAACUACUAUCAAGUAGAAGUGUUGCAAGAAUUGGGGAACAGUUUUAUUCUGAUUAAAAGGGGAGAUUUGCAUUUUUUAUUGAUAUGAAUGGUGGUGAACAUGUUAGGUAGCAAGUUAUGAGAGGAAGGGAAGUUUCUGUUUCAAUAUGUUUAGGUUCUGGGAAUAACUGGAUUGAAAAUCUGUUACUUUAAUUGGUUUUGGUUGGAUGUACCUAUUAAAGGAGAUUGAGAUGGAGGUUAUUUUUUGCUACAGAGUUUGCUGGGUUGGAAAUCUAGUUUCUUUCUGCAGAUGCUGAUUUCUUGCAGUUAAAAGUUCUGUCUGGUACUCUGGUUGAAUCCUUGGAGUCGUUCAGUUUGGUGAAUUUGAGCACUUCAUCGGCUGGGACUGUUUCUGCAAUAUCUGUAACAGACAGAUCGGACUCUAUUCUUUUACGGGCGACUAAAUCUUGGCUCUGCUAAUUCAGUUAAACAGGAUCUGGCAUCUGGUUGCUUUUGCGUUAAAUAAAAGCGACUGUAAUUGGUGAAGUUAUUCUAUGAGUUCUCUCUCACUGAUGGAGUGGAAUACAAAACCCCCCAUACAGUGGGACUGGGAGAACCUUAUAAUGUUUAAUGCAACAAGUGAACAUCCUAAGAAGUUAAGAUUGCCCGAGUGGGAGAUUGAUGGAGAGACAGGAAUUGAUUCUGGGUCUUUAUACUCUUCCGGGAGUGGAAGUGGUAGUGGUGGUGGUUCUGGUUCUGAUUUGGGACUUGCUUCCUUAUCGAAGAGCUCAAAGUCAGCUUCCACAAAUUCGUCAUCAAUUGGGGAAGUGAAAACAUCCAAAUUUACUUUGGAGGCCUCUGAAGCUAUUCCAGGAGAUUCCAGCAAUAAGGAAGUCCUUAUAAAUGCAAAGCCAACUGGUAUUUCUUCUACUCUUGAGGCUUCAGUUGGCUCAGGUGAGCCUCUGCUAGGCUUGAAGCUAGGUAAACGGACAUACUUUGAAGAUGUUUGUGCAGGGAGUAAUGCUAAAGCUUCAUCAUUUUCUGUGACUCCUGGAUCUUCUGUUUCUCCUUCAAAGAGAUCCAAGUCCAGUGGUCAGGCUUCACCUGCCCCACGUUGUCAAGUAGAAGGCUGUAACCUUGAUCUCUCAUCAGCUAAAGAUUAUCAUCGGAAACAUAGAGUUUGUGAAAGUCAUUCAAAAUCCCCAAAGGUCACUGUAGCUGGUGUGGAACGCAGGUUUUGCCAGCAGUGUAGCAGAUUCCAUGGUCUGUCAGAGUUUGAUGAAAAGAAGAGAAGCUGCCGCAGGCGUCUUUCUGAUCACAAUGCAAGACGUCGAAAACCACAGCCAGAAUCAGUCCAAUUGACUCCUGCAAGACUGUCUUCUUCAUUAUAUGAUGAGAGGCAACAGAUGAGUCUUGUUUGGAACAGGGCCCCACUUGUUUAUUCCAGGCCUAAUGAAAAUUUGACAUGGGAAGGCACAUCCAGCUCAAAGUUCACGAUAACAAAAGAAUAUGUAACAAAACCUGCAAAAGGAGGUAUUGAUGGGCAGCUGCAUUUGCCUGGUAAUGAUCUGAGAACUUCCAUUCCCAUGCAUCCUCAUGAUUCCAAGAGCUUGUUGCCAUCCAAAUCCAAGGUCAUAACAGCUGAGGUUCUCAACCAAGGUUUAGAAGAAUCAAUUAUCUCACCUAAUGUGGAUGCGACACAGGAUCUUCAUCGUGCUCUCUCUCUUCUGUCAACUAACUCAUGGGGUUCGUGUGAGCAAAAAUCCAUUUCACAUGAGCAGUCUGCACGCACCAGUCACACAGGCAUGCCUCAGUCCAUGCUGCAUGUUAUGCCUCAAAGCGUGCCACUUGCCUCGUCUGAUCAUUGGAGGACUGAGCAGUCUACUGACUCUCGGGUGCAUACCUUGACUACAAACAAUUAUAACAGCAAUUACAAUCAAGAGUUCCAGCUGUUAAGAACCCCAUAUGAUAGUGACUUCUACUCUAGUCAGUUGAACUGACUGCUUGAAAUUCAAUCAUCAUUUUCAACUUGAUAAGUUCACUUGCCAAGGAAGGUCUGUAUCUGGUUCAACAUCUAUCUCAGUCAUGAAUAUUUUCUUGGCUUCAUGCUUCACAAAUUUUAACAUACAGUAUUUGAUAAUUGCUUUGCAAAAGUGGACUGCAGUUGUGGAAGGAGAAGUUAUUAGUAAUUAUUACGGAGGGGUAUAAAUUUUUGGUUGAUGCAUUGUUAAUAGUUCUCUGUUAACCAAUAAACCAUGAUGAAAUUUUUGUCACGCUGCAAAAAGUACUCGCUCCCUGUCAUGUUCUGAUUAGUUUUUGUUGUUUUCUCCAGGAUCUGGGCUGUCAUGACUUAUGCUGUCAGAUUUCAGAUCAUGGAGAUAAAAGUUCCAGGAUGCUGGUUUCUCCUAAAUUAUCAUUGAGAUUGCAAUCUCAAACUUAACAUUAAUUUCAUGUUAUUGUAACUGGUAGGAUAUAAAUUACUUCAGGCAGUGUUUUAGAACAACUUGUGAAAGUCACAUCAGAUGGGAUUGAAACUUUUGAUCGUCUCUUUUCUACCAGUGAAAUGAAUGAAAAUUGGCGUA